GACUGGCAGAAAGCCCAGUAACACGACAUACCAUGAACUGACCCAAAUACAUGACACAAACGUCGGAUACAAGGGAACAGAGAUUAGAAGAAGAAGAAGACGAAGAAGAAAAAGAUGAACAAAUCCAGCCAACGAAUCUUUUGAUGAAAUAUAAGUUGUCGUCUCUGAACGUGUUAAUUCUCUGGGGGUUUCGGGCAGGUUCCAGUUCAUCGUAAAUAAUCCAGCAAAAAAUUCAAGUCUUACGCGGCCACAGUACUCCAGACACCAAAUAUUCAAUUUUGGUUGCGGAUUGAUGCUGCAUAGUUUACUAGCUCCUGUUGCCUUGCAUGGAUCCUGUUAACUCUUUGGAUGAUAAGUCUGAAAGCAGACUUGAAUGGUUACACGUUUUGAGAAGUUAGAAGUUAUAAAGCUGCUGCGCGCUUGGUUAGAAGGAGGGAGAGAGAGGGAGAACACACAUGUGAUGUCUUUUGACGGAGCUGAAAGGCCAUGGAAAUGUGGAAAAGGGGGUGCUGUGAAUUUACAGAAAGUGAGUUCCAUUGUCCGGGAUAUUGGGGAACCUUGCCUUCAUCAAUCAUCAAUAAAGAUGAGCAAAAUGCUUACGCCUAACAGGUGGCAGGCUACCUUUGAUAAGGAUGGGAAGGUACAUGGUUUUCGGAAAGUGCUGAAAUUGAUCAUAUUGGGGGGUGUGGAUCCAUCCAUAAGGCCAGAAGUUUGGGAAUUUCUCUUGGGGUGUUAUGCUUUGGGCAGCUCUGCUAAGUAUCGAAAGAAGCUGAGGACUGCUAGAAGGGAACGUUACAGAGACCUCAUAAAGCAGUGCCAAGCAAUGCAUUCCAGUGUAGGAACUGGUUCCCUUGCCUAUGUUGUUGGGUCCAAGGUCUUGGAUAUGAGAACAAGUACCAAAGAUGACUGUAGAAGAGAAGCGGAUGUCAAGGGCAGUCAAGCUUCUAAUGUUAAUACUGACAAUUUAGACAGUUACAGUGAUUUUGAUAAUAAUUGUAUAAACACAUCACAUGCACAUCACAGGGAAAGCUCUAGUGAUUCUUGUGACCUUAUAAGUGCAAGGGGAAGCACAGAUAAGGCAGCAUUGGACUCUUUUUGUUCUGUGCCUACUUUGGGUCCAUAUGACCGCAGAUCCACCGAACUUGGGGGUGAAGCAUGUCAAUCAGAAUUUGUAAAUGAGAACUAUUUUGAUUUUCCUCCUUUACCUGUUACAGAUUUAUUUGAAAUGAGUAGCAAAAAUAAGAAAGGUCCUAGGUCAUAUGAUAAGACAAUUUUGGCAAGGCGUAAAUUGAAAUUUGGAGAGGACAAGAUGCACAGCUUCAGAAUAAAUAAUAAUGCAGAUAUUGUCAUAGAAGCAAAUGUUUCCUCAUCAUAUGGCGUAUCUCGUUCCCUGAACUCUGAAAUUGUGAGGGUUCAUCCUAGUGGGCCGGAUUCAGUGUCGUGGUCUGGAAAAUUCCAGGAACACGAAACAGAGAUUUUUGACAGACUCAUAAUAUCUGACGCACCAGACACUCCAAAUAUGAAUGCUAAAACACCUCCAAGAGGUGGUUUCAGUGAUGAAAGAGUGUCGGAAUGGCUCUGGACAUUACAUCAGAUAGUUGUUGAUGUAGUCAGAACAGAUAGCCAUCUUGAAUUCUAUGAGGAUACAAAAAAUUUGGCUAGAAUGUCAGAUAUCCUGGCUGUUUAUGCAUGGGUUGAUCCUGCAACGGGAUAUUGCCAAGGAAUGAGUGAUCUCUUGUCUCCUUUUGUUGUUCUGUUUGAGGAUAAUGCUGAUGCUUUCUGGUGCUUUGAGAUGCUUCUACGGAGAAUGCGUGAGAACUUUCAGAUGGAAGGGCCAACUGGUGUCAUGAAGCAGUUGCAAGCUCUAUGGCAUAUUGUCGAAUUUACAGAUCGACAAAUGUUUUCUCAUUUGUCAAGCAUAGGUGCUGAAAGCCUUCAUUUCGCCUUCCGGAUGCUGUUGGUGCUCUUCCGCCGAGAAUUAUCUUUUAAUGAAGUUCUUUGUAUGUGGGAGAUGAUGUGGGCUGCGGAUUUUGAUGAAUCAAUUGCUUUUCAUCUAGGGGAGAACUGCCCUGAAAUAUUGGUCAUUCAGAUUCCAAAGGAAUCUGAGGCAGAAUCAGGAGAAGAAAUUGUUGAGAAUAACAAUAACGACUCAAAGGAUGACUCGCGAUCUAAACAUGGAAGUGGAGAGCCUACCAUCUCUGAAAACAAUGGGAUGAAGCUCUCCUUAGCUCGUCCAUUUUGUGGAUUGACUAGGAAUAUCUGGUCCAAAAAUAAUGGCAUACCCAGUUUUAAUAUGGUCUCAUCAGCAAGGAGUAGUAUUGAUGAAUUACCAGUUUUUUGUGUAGCAGCUAUUCUAUUCAUGAACCACCAGAAGAUCCUCAAAGAAACCCGCUCAAUUGAUGAUCUGAUAAAGAUAUUCAAUGACAAUAUGUUAAAGAUUCAGGUCAAGAGGUGUGUACGGACUGCCAUCAAGCUGCGGAGGAAGUACUUUUACAAGCUGAUUAAAGGUAGAAACCCGGCAGCCCAAAAUGGUGAUUAAGUGUUUGGUCUCUUUCAUUUGCUUUGAUGGCAAGGGAGAUCUCUCACGUGGAGUUGUUAAGUGCAAUAUUAUUUUAACGUUGGAGUGCAGAACAUUUAUCAGAAGUUGUUUAUUUGGAGAUUAUACAGCUAAGUGUAGUGGCAUCUGAGUGUACGUCCAUGCACUUGUUGCACCUUCAUCCAAGGACCGUUAAGUUGCAUGUUUCCUUCACCUAGGUUUGUGAAUACAGUCAGCUAGUCAGGGAACACGAAAUUUUUGCUGUCAUAUAGUUGGCGGGUGAGAUUAUGUAUCAACAAUUUUGAUAAACUUGCUAGCAUUGAGAUUUCUCGGGGAAAAGCUUGGGAUGAGGAUUAGGAGGCUCAUUCAGAUAAUUUUCUUAAAACGGAACAUCAAGAGAAAAAUAAAAUAAAAUAGAUUUUUCAUAUCUUUAUUAACCAACUUAUGUCUUCAGUCAUUACGAUGUUGUCCUCUAUGUUUGAAACAAAAAUGGAUCUGUUCUUAUCAGUAAUAGAAGCAGUGGAAGUAUAUUUAUCCGGCUAACUUCUAAACAAUAACACCUAAAUGUAUCAUGCCCUACUUUAUAUUGGGAUUA